ACUGCAGUCUGAAUCGCACAGCUCGGCUCUGUUGCCAGUUUGAGUCGUUCGGCUGAGGUUUAGUGUAGGCGGACGUCUAAUGUCAGCUUAAAUGUAAGUCUUUAAAAAAAUAUAUGAAAAUAACGUCAGUGCGUGUCUUAACAUACAACCAGCACAGGUCGCUGUCAUCGUCGGCUUUUUGUUUGGACAAUAUUAGCCGGCUAGUUUAGCUAGGUUAACUUUGCUAAGUAACGUCUGUGUUCUUCGAGGAGCACCGUGGCAAUUUAGAUUCACGGAGACCUUACCAGAGGAUGCUGGAGUCAAUCAAAGUAACAGAGAGACUCCACUGGCCCGAAGAGGAAAUGUCUAAGAAGUACAUCUUAAACUACGGUGGCAAGGCAGUGAGUCCAAGCCAAGUGUACCUGGAAAAGGUCUCCUCCACUGUUCUCAAAGACCUUUUAAGCGCUGGCUCUAACAGCUACAAUGUCCUGCUGCAGGCUGAGGAAGAGGAGAAGAAGAGCCACAAGCAGUCCCCGUACAAGAGGCCAAAGACAUCAGUGAAAUGUGGCGUCACAUUUGGUAAAAGAAAUCGUCCAGGCAUGGCUCCUAGAAAGGCACGUGCUCCUGAAAGUGGCAGUAAACCUGCCCAGACAAAUCGUGUCCUCUCAAGCAGCCACUCCAGUCUCCUUAAACCAGCGCGGAGCAUCUCAGUCGUGGGCAACACAAUGAGCCUCAACCCUCGUGCAGCUCCACAGCUCAGGAAGACGUGUAUCCCUAACUCACCUCGCACUAAACUUCCUUCUUUGCACAAAGCGACAAUCUCACGUGAAGUGGAAAAUGCCAAGAAGCUCUGCAUCCUUACAGCCAUCAAACCAUCUAAUGUUGAGAGGGAGAAGGUCAAGUUUUUUAAGUCUGACUUCAACUACAAUCCACAGUUUGAGUACAGCAACCCUGUUUCUCCACUAGUCCUGGCACGGCAUAACAGUGCCUCCGAUCGCUUCUUGACACAGGCAGUCCACAUCAUGGAGCUUGCCCUGCAGAGAUACGGCAGCUAUGAGAAGUUUGAGCAGAUCACUGGGGGCAACCUCCUCACCAAAAGUCGCAUCUGGCACGGCGUCAAGAAAUACAUGGAGAAGGAAGGCUGCAUGGGGGAGAUAGUCGUCCAGGUGACAGAUGACCUCCUGUCCAGAGCCUCCAUGACGGUGGUGAACAGCAGGCCCACUCUGACCAUCAACAUCUCCAGUGCCCGAGAGCACUGGCUGGAGGGCAUGUUGAGGCACGAGAUUGGCACACAUUACUUCCGUGGCAUCAACAAUUGCCACCAGCCGUGGAGCAGCAGCUUGGGCAGAAAGAAGCACAACCUGAAGCCUCUGAACCCCACAGAGGAAGGUCUGGCCAGCAUCCACAGCGUCUUGUUCAGGAAGGACCCCACACUGUGGCGUGCUGCCCUGCUCUACUACACCGUCUAUCAGGCCAGCCACAUGUCCUUCUCUCAGCUCUUCCACAGCCUUGGACGCUUUGUCCAGGACCCCAACACUCGCUGGGACUACUGCGUCCGGGCCAAGAGAGGCCAGACGGACACAGCACAGCCAGGAUGCUUCAGUAAAGACCAAGUCUACCUGGAUGGAAUCCUGAAGAUUCUGCGAUAUAGAGACAAGAUCAACUUCCCACUGCUGAUGGCUCUUGGAAAGGUGUCAUUCGAAGACGUGGACCGCCUGAAAACCAUGGCUCAGAUGGAGAACGUCCGCAUCCCACACUUCAUGCAGGACCAGGCGAGGUAUGCUGAGCAGCUGACAAAAAUCAUGGCUGUCAACCAGCUGACCGACGAGGAGCUGAAGACCAUCAUCUGAGCCCAGUCCACCUUCCCCUGCACAGUCCUGAAUAAACGCUGUCACACCACUGCCAGCCUGCCUGGCCUCCAUGCAUCAAACACCAACAUCAUGCAUGCUAGCAGAGUUUGUGACAUGUGCGGCGUGCUGUAUUGCAUGUUGUGUAGAGUUGUGUAGAUUUGCACGAUCUGAUAUUGGCCUGUAGUUAAAAGUCUACUAUGACUCCCAGUAUCACCGCAGAUAAAGAAGGGAUGACCCAAAAAAAAUCACAGCAGUGUGUUAUGUUUAGAGCUGGAUGUUAGAACAUAUUCAGUGCCAAUGCAAGGAUUACUGUAUCAUUACAAACAUUUGACUUUUUCCAUAUUUCACACUUGUUACAUUUACAGAAUACUUGGUGCCAACUUUUUUGUUUUUACAUUUUUUCCCCCCAAUUUAUAUUGCAUUGAGGUUUGAUUCGCACUCUUAGGCUUGUAGGAAUUUAGCUUCUACAUCAAUGACUAACAAAGGUUAGGUAUUCCAUGAAGAAUUAAAUUUAAAACCUGAUUCAUUUUUAUAAGCUCAGGCUUAUAUUUGAAGCUUUAAAAGUUGAUGGCUCAAGUCCAGUUGAUCAUUUAGAACAUGCACACAUAAUUUGAAGCAUUGUAGUCCAGUCCUUCCUCACUGCAGCUAUGUUUUCAAGCUCCUUCUCUGGGAUUCUGAGCUGUUCCCAGGCCAGGUGAGAUAUAUCAGCUCUCUAGCAUCACCAGACCAGUUGCACUAAGGAAGAAACCCAUCUGAGAUCAAGAUGUGUACUGAGUAGUUGUCAGUAAUGGCGAUGCUGUUUCUAAUUUAGUAAUAGUAAUUUUGUUAUUUUUGGGAUACCAGUACUCGCUAUUUCAGCCAAUACAUAUGCAGUAAGGACUGUAUUCAGAAUUCAUACAACCUUCAAGGGAAAGACCAGGAUAUAGUAAUUAUGUACUUCAGUCCAAAUGAGUUACUCACAGACACAGACAAGUAUAUAGAGGACCAGUGGUGUGUAAGAUGUUUUUAUUCUGAGGUCUUUUCCAUCGUUUUGCCCUUUUAAAUGAAGAUACAUCCACUGAUGAUGUCACAGUUCAGGUUUCAGGUUCAACUUUUUUGUUUUUUGCUUUUUGUAUUUUUGUGGAAAUUUGAGAAAUGGUUCUAAUUUAGGUCUGCAAAGUGUUUGUGGAAAUCUCUCUUGAGUAAGGUUGUUUUAGGAUGAGGCUAAAUGGGUCAAACUGAAAUGAAUUUUAACAAAUGACAUGCUGGUCAAACUUAAUUAUUUAAAGAAAUGAUUGGUUGACUGAAAAUAAAAGCUGUGCCAGUACAUGGGUUGUUAUCUGAUCUAAAAUCUGUUCUACACGCUUUUUAAAAGCUUUUAAUCGUUCAGUUCUUAAAGAAAACCUGAAUGCCCAGUGUUUUGUAGGUUCAUGCAUGAAUUAGACACAGAGCAUCCAUUAGUUUUAGCUUAAACCACCAGAAACUUGUAGAUCUAAUUCUUACAAGCACCUAUGAUCUAAGUGUACUUACCUUGUGUUUAGAACUGUCUCUUUAGUGAAGAUGAAUACAGUCUUGCACUCUGUUUCCUCUAGAUACCACGUAGAGUUCCUACGUUUGUGGUACUUGUGUUAGAUGUUAAAACAGAGAGCUUCUGCUUGAGAGAAAGACGAGGGAAGUGGAAUGAUGCUCAGUUCUGCUGCCGCUGCAGAGAUGAACUGAUACCUGUGUCAGUGCUUCAUCAGCAUCAUCACACAGGAAUGAUAAUUAAAGUUGAGUCUGUCAGCAUUGUUCUGCAUCUGCUGAAAAGAAAAUGUGAAAUGUGAAAGUCAUUUGUAAUACUCUGUAAUACUGUGACCUUAGGAUGGUGUUCUCCUCAGUACGCUCAGUGAAGCCCUAAUGGUCCAAGUGCACUGACCUGAAGCCCAAUGUGACUAUUUGCACUUUCUUACCUUUGAUCUACCUUUUAAACUGCACUGAUAUGAGCAGUUACUGUGUCGGUGUCAUUUAGACAGACUGAUGCAUUUAUGUUUUACAACACAAACCAAAUGCCUUGUGAUUUUACUGUAAUACUUGAUGAGUGUUUGUGUUGUUGAUACCUAGAUUGACCUAAAACAGGGAGCCCUUUGCCUCCUCAAAGACCCCUUAAAUGGUACAGUUUAAUAACAUGGUGUUUCUAUGUGAUGUUUUCUAUUUGAAUUUUUUUGUGAAAUUAAUAGAUUGAAUCUUUGAAUAAAGUUAACUCCCUUGAAAAGUU